UGCACAAAGGGAAUUCAUACCCAUGCACAGGUUCUUCACAGACCUCAUCAGAUGUUCACAACAAAAACUACACGGUAAAAUGCCCAAGAAAGCAACUCUUACAGCACAGCCUUUGGAGAGAAGAGCAGCCAAUGAGAGAAAAGCAUGAAGUCCAGCCUGCAUCUCUUCCAUCAACACGGAGUGACAGAGUCUUAAACCACCAAAGCACAGGGAUGAUACAUUGUUCUUGCUGGUCUACUUCUCUACAUGCAGCAACCCAUGGGAGAAUCUUCUUUAAAACUAGGCUUAUUGAUUGCACAGUGGGAAGAGUGAGAGACUGCAGCAGCCCCUAAGCAGCACUACACGUUCCAUACAUUAGCAGUUCUGCUGAAACAAUGGCACAGUUCAGACACAUAUUUUCAUUAAGGUCAUUUUUGAAGAGCUGUUUAUGACCCUCUUCCCCCAUCCUCUACUAACAAGUGAACAAAAUGAAACAAUCAAAAUGGAAAAUGCUUCAACUACAUCAAGAAUUUAUCAAAUCUUUAGCAGAGGCCCAUAGCAACUAAUUCAGUAUUUACAACCGACAAUAUGAAGAAUGCAACUGAGAAUCUCCCUGGGUCUCUGAAGCACCAACUACAAGAUAUUCUUGUAACACAUGAUUUUAAGAAACUAAAGAGUUAAAACCAGAGACUAGGUCUACAUUACUGCUGGGAUAUAACAAGUGGACAAUAUUUCAAGAAGAUGCUACAGAAAAUAACUACAAAAAGAAAUACAAUAUAACUGUAAAAGCCUGAAAACAAAAUGGUGAGCAUUUUUAAAGGGGGAGUUUAUAUUUUAACAUACCAGAAUUGUGGAAGCUACUGAGUCUCGAAGAAACAAUGAAACUUGAAUUUCAAAAAGGAGAAUGACAUACUUAACCAACAAGUAAAAUAAAGCUUUCCCAAGUGUUUUCUGCAGUAAAUAUUCAGAUAUUACAAUCAAUUGAUAUGACUAAUGGAUUUUAUCUGAGCUUUAUGACCAAUUAUGUAUCCUCUUCUAAUGAAAACAAACCAAAUUAAAUAGCAGAUGGUUUUUAUCAAAAGAACAUUGACUGGAUAUAUAAUGCAAAGCAAAUUAUGUGAUCAAGAAAUCACUUCAAAAUAAUGAGGGCUGCUGUAGAAACAGACUUAAAAUUGUAACAAAAGGAUGUCUAAAUAUAUUUUAGAAGUUAGAAACCUUAUGUUUCCUUUUCUGUUUUCAUAUACGCUGGAAAAUAAAGAGACACUAUCACAAACUCCCUCAAAGGGAGAUGUAAUUCCUAUCAUUUGGGGAAGUUUCUCUUGGUCGUGACUUUUAAAAGCAAAACAAACACAAAUAUUAUGUACUGUUCUUUAGAAAUUCAUCAGCCAACUAAAUCUCAUAAUUCAUGCAGUUGAAGUACUGGAGAGAAAAAUGAAAGAAUUCCUACAAGACAUGAAAUAAAACACAGCCACUUCACUGUUGUCAGGUAAAAAUUAAUGUCAAAAUGUGUCAAUGACAUCAUGUGUCAAUUUGUGAAAAACUGCUAUAGUGAGCCAAAAGGCCCAUAAGGCAACAGCAACCAGGGAAAAAACCAACUGCUCCAAAAUAAUGUGCUUUUCUCCCAUUCUGGAAAUCAACAUGCAGUCUGAAUCAAAUAUUACAGUGCGAGAUGACAUUGAUGACAUCAACACCAAUAUGUAUCAACCACUGUCAUACCCAUUAAGCUUUCAAGUGUCUCUCACCGGCUUUCUUAUGUUAGAAAUUGUGUUGGGACUCGGCAGCAACCUCACCGUAUUGGUACUUUACUGCAUGAAAUCCAACUUAAUCAACUCUGUCAGUAACAUUAUUACAAUGAAUCUUCAUGUACUCGAUGUAAUAAUUUGUGUGGGAUGUAUUCCUCUAACUAUAGUUAUCCUUCUGCUUUCACUGGAGAGUAACACUGCUCUCAUCUGCUGUUUCCAUGAGGCUUGUGUUUCUUUUGCAAGUGUCUCAACAGCCAUCAACGUUUUUGCUAUCACUUUGGACAGAUACGACAUCUCUGUAAAACCUGCAAACCGAAUUCUGACAAUGGGCAGAGCUGUGAUGUUAAUGAUAUCCAUUUGGAUUUUUUCUUUUUUCUCAUUCCUGAUUCCCUUUAUUGAGGUAAAUUUUUUCAGUCUUCGAAGUGGAAAUACGUGGGAAAACAAGACACUUUUGUGUGUCAGUACAAAUGAAUACUACACUGAACUGGGAAUGUAUUAUCACCUUCUAGUACAGAUCCCAAUAUUUUUUUUCACGGUUAUAGUAAUGCUAAUCACAUACACCAAGAUACUUCAGGCCCUUAAUAUUCGAAUAGGCACGAGAUUUUCAACAGGGCCGAAGAAGAAAGCAAGAAAAAAAAAGACAAUUUCUCUAACUACACAUGAGACUACAGAUAUGUCACAAAGCAGUGGUGGGAGAAAUGUAGUCUUCGGUGUAAGAACUUCAGUUUCUGUAAUAAUUGCCCUCCGGCGAGCCGUGAAACGACACCGGGAACGACGAGAAAGGCAGAAAAGAGUCUUCAGGAUGUCUUUAUUGAUUAUUUCUACAUUUCUUCUCUGUUGGACACCAAUUUCUGUUCUAAAUACCACCAUUUUAUGUUUAGGCCCAAGUGACCUUUUAGUAAAAUUAAGAUUGUGUUUUCUAGUCAUGGCUUAUGGAACAACUAUAUUUCACCCUCUAUUAUAUGCAUUCACUAGACAAAAAUUUCAAAAGGUUUUGAAAAGCAAAAUGAAAAAACGAGUUGUUUCCAUAGUGGAAGCUGAUCCCAUGCCUAAUAAUGCUGUCAUACACAACUCUUGGAUAGAUCCAAAAAGAAGCAAAAAAAUUUCUUAUGAAGAUAGUGAAAUAAGAGAGAAAUGUUUAGUACCUCAGGUUGUUACAGGCUAAGAAAAGUUUAGUUUCACCAAAUCUACAUUCAGGAGAGUUUUAAAUUUAAAUUGUAAAAAAUGAAAUUACUGCCAAAUAUAAGAACAUUU